UUCAUAGCCAAAUUAUUUAAGUCGGAACGCUUGCCGGAUUUUGCUACAUCAGUACACAUCACGCGUGCUUAGAAUGUCUUUUUGUGAAGACAAAAAAACGGUUCAGCCUAUCUCCAGGGAUAUGGACAGUUCAGUGACUCUGAACCGGUCAGUUAUGAGGCUUCUUUAUGAGCAGAUGACAUCUCAGUCAGAGUUUUGCGAUGUCACCAUCACAUUUGGUGACAAGGAGAACUUUGAGGAGAUGAAAGCUCAUUCCUGUGUAUUGGUCUACAGCGCAUACUUUGAGUCAUUAUACAGCAGUGGCUUACAGGAAAAGGAACAAGGGAAGGUUCAUAUUGGCAUAGGUAAACCAGAGUGCAUUAAAAUGGCUCUGACAUACCUAUAUACUGGAAAAAUCCAUUUGGAGUUCUCAAAACUCAAGGAUAUUUUGGAAGUUGCCGACUACCUCCAAAUAGAUGAUCUCAAAGCUGACUGUAACAGAUAUCUGCGCAAUACGGAGCUGACAAUUAAGAACUGUGUUCCCCUGUGCCUGCUUUCCGGCUCCUACAAUAUUGAAUUUUAUUCACAAGCCUUAGAAUUCAUGAGGGCACAUUUACCUGAUGUUAUGGACACUCCAGAGGCCUUUGAAUUGUCGCCCGACUCUCUUUUGGAUAUUGUGUCCGAUCCAGCAUUGAGCUAUGUACCUAGGAUUUCUCUCUUCAAUUUUAUUGUAAAAUGGGUUGAUCUGGAUCCUAAAGAACGCACCAAGUAUUUCGCUGAACUGUUUUCCUCCUUGGACUUGACGAAAAUACCCCUUAAAUUCUUAACCAAUGAAGUGAAAUCCUGUCCACAUGUGAUGUCCUCACCAGAAUGCCUUAACAAGUAUGGAAAUAUAGUACAAAUGCUGAAGAAAGGGAUUAUAAAAGAGAUUUCUACUAUUGAUGUUCUGUUUUUGGUCGGUGGGAUGGACGAAAGGGAUAGGUUUAACAAGAUUGUGUUUGUAUACUUGAUACAAGAAGAUAGAUGGAUAGAAUUAUCGAGAAUCCCGUACACUCUUGAUUGCACAGAAGUUACGUGCUCUUUGAACUGUAAGGAUGAUGCUCUGUUCAUUGUUGAACGAUGGCGUUACGAGGACACAGGAGGGCAGAUAAAAGUAUACAAGUAUGAUCUCAAUGCAAGGAACUGGUCCUCUCACUUGACCCCAUUUGAGGACACAGAUAGUGUUCCCUCAGGGAGUGAUGUUCACAGCAUGUUUGCGUUAAAAGAAACCAAUGAAUUCUGCAUCAUUUCUGAAGGCUUUCUGCCGCCUAGCAACGUUAACUCAGUUGUGGUAUGUGCUACAUAUUAUGAUAGUGAGUUGAAAAAUAUCAUCUCCAGGACGCAGAUUUUUAAGACAAAGGAAGAUGCAGCAGUGUCUUCAUGCAUAGCUGACAAUAGGUACAUUUGUUCAUUAAUAUUCAACCCGCUUGAUGAGCUGAAUGGCCGAAAUACUGGGCAGAGGUUUCUAGUUCGAGACACCAAAGGAAGACAAGUGAAAGGAUUUCAAAACUUCUCAAGGGGGUCAUGUCGAGCUGAUGAAAUACUUCCUAUUGGGCAUGAGAUUUAUAUGUGUGAUUUUGAAGCCGAUCCUGGAAGUCAGGGUGAGACCCUCGUAAGAUUUGACCUUCAGAAGCGCAAAUGGUUGCGCUCUAAUGGGUCAAUGUUGCUGAAAAGAAUGAGAAGGAUGUAUGCCCGGUGUUCCUUUGGGAAGAAGAUCUAUGUAGUUGGGGGAGACACAGACGAUGGACCUAUUAACUAUGCUGAUGUCUUUGAUCCCAGUGAAGCCAAAUGGGAGCAGAUAGCCCCCAUUCCAAAGCCUUUAGCAUGUGUAGUAAUGUGUCCAGGGAAGAUAUCCAGUGAGUUUCACACUUGUCAUGCAAACUGCCCUCAUUGCAAAGUGAAGAAGAGCUUGUUUGAUCCAGCUUCACAGAGCGUCACCUCAGAAGACCUAUGGAGUGAUGAUUCUGACAGUGAGCAAGGAGACUGUUCAAUCAUGUGAUCUCUAGAUGCACUGAUGAUUAAGACUUAAUGUGUAGGUAUCAUGUGUACAUUCCUGAAGAUGUAAUGUGUACAUUGCUGUUGAUCAUGAUGUCAUGUGUACAUUGUUGUAAAUGUCAUGUGUACAUUACUGUGAUGUCAUGUGUACAUUGUUGUAGAUGUCAUAUGUACAUUGCUGUAUAUGUCAUGUGUACAUUUCCAUUAGAUGUCAUGUGUACAUUCUGGUAGAGGUCAAGUGUAUAUUGCUGCAAAUGAAGUGUGUACAUUCCUGUUGAUGUCAUUGCUGGAGAUGUCAUGUGUACAUUUCUGUAGAUGGCAUGUGUACAUUGCUGUAAAUGCCAUGUGUACAUUGCGGUCGAUAUCAUAUGUACAUUUCUGUAGAUGUCAUGUGUACAUUGCUGUAAAUGCCAUGUGUACAUUGCUGUAGAUGUCAUGUGUACAUUUUUGUAGAUGGCAUGUGUACAUUGCUGUAAAUGCCAUGUGUACAUUGCUGUAGAUAUCAUGUGUACAUUUCUGUAUAUGUCAUGUGUACAUUGCUGUAAAUGUCAUGUGUGCAGUACUGUGAUGUCAUGUGUACAUUGCUGUAAAUGUCAUGUGUGCAGUACUGUGAUGUCAUGUGUACAUUGCUGUAAAUUUCAUGUGUACAUUGCUGUAAAUGUCAUGUGUACGUUGCUGUAUAUGCCAUUUGUAUCUAACUGUAGAUGUCAAAUGAAUAUUAAAAGCUGAAUGUGUUUUAAUGUCGAGUGAACUGACUUGGCAUGUUAUGUGAAAAUGGAACAAUGCUAUGGAUGUGAAGUAUAAGUGAUGUCAAUGAGUAUAUUGCUAAUCAUUGAUGAUGGCAAGUGACUGAAAAGCGAUAGGAAUUUAUUGUGUACAUGUUUUCAUUGAUGUGAAAAAAAUAAAUGUUAUUUAUAUAAACUGAAUACAUUAGUAAUGGAACAAAUGUUGCCAAGUGAUUGAAGUGCUGUUGAUGUCAAAUUUGAGCAUUGCUGUUGAUGUCAAUUUGUCAAAUGGGUAUUAUUGAUGUUAAAUACUAGUACUUGAAUUGUUGCUGUUAUCAAGAAAAGGUGAUUUGUACUUGUUCUAAUUUGAACAUUGCUAUACUUGUUAAUUUGAUGUGCUAAUUAUGUCAUUUGGGCAGUACUUUUGAUAUCAAUUUGACAAAUGAUUAUUAUUGAUGUCCAAUUAGAUGUUGCUUUUGAUGUCAAAAGAAUUACUUGUUAGUGUUUGUACAUAGAUAUUGAUGUUAAAUCAGCAUUUUUCUGUAGGUGUCAAUCUGAACUUUACUUUUGAUAUCAAACAUAUAUAUUGCUGUUAAAGUCAGAUAAGAACAUCACUUUUGAUGGAAAAAUUUCCCAAUGGAGAAACAUUUUUCUCCCCUUUCAUUCGUGUAAGGCGGAGUUCUCUUCCUGUCCUUACAGUGUUCUUUGCCUGCGUAGACAUGCUACUUGAUGACAAUGUUUUAGUGUAACAUAUAAGCAUGUGUUUUGUUUUAUAUCAAGGUAUGCACAUUGAAACUGCAAUCUGUUUCCGUUUGACCAUUAUACUGUUAAACUUGUCUCAUCAUGUUACAAUAAUGAAAGUUUGAAUCUAACAGUGGUAUGUUUUGUUGAAACAGAGUCAGCAUAAUAAUUUUGUUUUUUGUUCUGAUUAAAAUUCUG